CAUCUGCUCCAAUCGCCACCUUUUAUCCGUGAUCCAUGUGCUCUUGGUGUUUAUUGGAGUAUGCAACGCGAACAAACCUCUUGUGGAUCUCUAGGUUGGCCCGGUUGGCCGCUCUCAGGUUUCUCUCUGUCUAUAACUAUAUCUAUGGUUGUAUGCUACUUUUCGAGUGCGAGUCAAAUAACCUCACGUUGUGUUAUUAUAAUUUUGUUACACAAAAUCUAAAUAUACGUGUGCCAUAUAGCUUUUUAGAGUUGGAAGCAUCCACUCCGAAAGGAAAUUUAACAACCUAUAUGCGAUAUUAUUUUGUCCGUAAUACGAUACAUAUAUAUCAGAAAUAUGAGUAAAGGUCAUAAACGUUCGAAACGCCUGAAAUCAGAAAAGUCGAAAAUAAAAUUGAAAACUAAGAGAUCCGUCACGUCGUUACCAAAAGGCUUGAAUAUUACGGAUACGUCGUUUAAAGUAAAGAAGAUACUGAUACGUGAACAAUUAAAGCAACGGAGUGAAACGGAAAUUCUCAGUUCUCGCAAAUUGAAUAUCGAUGAUUUAUUAACGCGUUUCCGGCAUCACAAUUCGACUGUGAGAGAAGAUGCGUUGAGACAAUUGAAAGACAUCUUGUCGCGGGAUUCUCCAAAAACUCUACAUUCGCACGUGAAUUCUUUGUUACGUGGUAUUGCGGCUUUAUCUCUUGAUAAAGAGAGAAAUGUACGAACAAGUUCCUUUCAUGCGCUUGAUUUUAUUCUUGGCCGUAUUUUGACGCGACACGUGACACCCUUGCGUGAAAUUGUAAUAUCGUAUUUAAGCUGUGCCAUGACACAUAUUGAUCCACGUGUGAAGGAAGAUUCUCUACUUUUCUUGGAUGUUCUCGUAAAGAAUUGCGAUAGUGUUGUGGCGAGAGACAGCCAUAAAAUAUUACCCAAUUUUUUGGGUAUGAUAUGUAGCGUACACAAGCAAGUUAGACCUGGGGCACGAUUAACGACGACGCUAAAUUCCAAGAGCACGGAUGUAAAAUGGAGAAUUAAAGUUUUGGAACGUUUAGCUAAUAUGUUUGUCUCUAUAGUAAGCUAUAGAAAGCUUUGUAUUGAUGCGCGGUCGAACGUGCUUCCGAUCGCGAGAGCGACGAGAUAUACCAGAUAUAUUCCCGUUUAUAGCGAUAACGUGACUCGAGUUUGUGAACGUAAUCUUGACAAAGAUGUGAGCUUGAUAGGUAGUAGUAGCGUGAAAGAAACUCUACCUGUAGAAGACGUCAUGAAAUAUGUAGAUUUAUUGAUGCCACUGAUGUCUGAUAUUUGGCUUGAAGUAUGCCCGGAUGAAAAAGUGUCGAGUUACACAGAACGUACGAUUUCGAGUGAGGCAGCUGCAUUAUUGACGAGUAUCGUCGUGAUUGUACAAUCGAUUGUGGAAUACAUUGAUACGUUGGAUUGCAACGAUUAUGACGUCGCGCGUACGAGGCAUUGGUUUAAAGAUACAUUUCACGAUGCAUAUAUGAAGAAUUUUCUUUCGAGUUUUCCAUAUGGUAAAGUAAAGCCAUUUGUUCAUGAAUCCAGAAAACAUCAAGAGAAUUUCUCUCAAGGGGAUUGUAUGGACGGAUGUUUGGAACAGAACUUGGGACUUUGUCAAAUUCACGCAUGGUUUACAUCUCUGUUUAACAAGAAGGAACAAUUUCCCAAGUCUACCAAAACCUAUUGCGUAUCAGUUGUGAAAUAUUUAAAUGGUGCUAUUGAAACGUGGUGCGACUCGUCCGCAUCGUCCGCAUCGUUCUCGCGACUGAUUAAACUUUUAAGAACUUUAUUUUUGCGAGCUGGUCCAGUUUGGUAUACCAACUGUAUUAGUUUAAGUCAUACUUUACGAUUGAUUAUUGAAGCAUCUACUCGUUUACCGAAGAAAGACGUGCAAUCACACUUGUAUCUGAUUAUCGGUGACGUUAUGUUGGAAAGCACGUUAAUCGAGUUACACAGAGAGAAGGCGUUUGAAAACUUUGUUACGAUCUUACCGAAUUUACUCCUGAGAUCAAGCAUAGAUGACGUCGUAAUUCGAAUGAUCGGUCAAAUAGUUUUACGUUUUAAGGAAUAUAUCCGGAAAGAAUUGAUGGCUAAACGCAAGUCUAUUAUCGAAAAUGCUAAAAAGAUCGACAUUGUAGGUUCACAGGAUGAUAAUAAACGAUCGAGACACAUGAUUUAUAAUCUAUUUUAUUUUCUAGAUUAACAAAUUUAUUAUUAAAUAACGACGUUGUCGCAUGUUGAAUGUUGUA